GUGGUCCUGUGAGAGGAACAGAUACGACAGGACAGACGCCGGCCUUGUCCAGAACACGCAGGCCCGGCUCUGACCGCCGGUCCGCACCACCAUGGCCGUGAAACACCUCUCCUUAGAGUACGACAAGGUGAACGAGCGAGGCACCUUCUCACCCGGGGACGUUCUCUCCGGACGAGUGACUGUGGUGAGCAGCAAGGAGACCACAGCGCAGCGCUUUGUGGUCCGGGCCAAAGGAAAGGCCAAGGUGACCUGGCCCGAGCAGCGAGGACGGAGCACAGUGCUCCACAGCGACAAGAAGGAGUACUUCAAGUUUGAGCAUGUUAUUCUGCAGGACAAAAACAAAGGGGAUGGUUCUGAAAUCAUCCGCUCUGGAAGAAGCGUGUACCCGUUCAGCUUCGUGGUUCCCGACGUGUGCGUGUUCCGACCCACCCGCCCGCGUUACUCGUCUCACACGCUGGUUUGCCUGCUGCUGGAAAACCUCCUUGUGUUCGCGUCUUCCAGGGACAUGCCGUCGUCCUAUCGGGGGAAAUGGGGCCGCGUCACGUACAGCGUGCGAGCGCAGCUCACUCAGACCAUCUGGCUCGUCCACAAAACCAAAGCCGAGCUCCCGUUUCUGACCAAGUCGGACUUCCCCUUCGCCUCCCGAUCGGAGAUGAUCAUCAUCGGACUUAAGGAGCCACAGUGUGCGAGCAGGAUUUCCUUCCUGGGCCGCGGGACGGUCACUAUGAAUGUUACCUCUGAGAAAAUGGGGGUGAAACAAGGCGAGGCGCUGGGGGUCUCCGUGGAACUCCUCAACAGCUCGGCGUGCGCGCUGACGCCCAGACUGUACCUGCGUGAGAAGCAGACGUUUGUGGCCCAGUCGCACAGGAUCGUGCACGCCAGCGACACCCUCUUCGCAACGGGGGACUCGGUUCCUGCGGGGACCAGUCAUUCUGUCACCAAGGUGCUCCGCAUCCCUCCACGGCUCCCUCCGACCUUCUUCAACUGCAGCAUGAUGAAACUCGAGUACAGACUCAAGGUGACUCUGACGAGAGACCAAGAGGUCAGACUCCCUCUGGUCGUCCUGCUGGGUUCACCGCAUACACAGCAACAGCAGAGGCCCAGGAGAUCCAUCUGGUUCCGGAAGCUGCCUGCGUAGAGGACGCCUGAGUGCAGCACGCGGUUUCACACCGUUUCGGUGUCUGGGAAUUUACUCAACACCACCUCAUCUCUGGUGAUUUUUCCAUCUGCGCUAGACGCUUAUUAUUUAAAGGCUCUGCUUUUAAUAAGUGUUUCGCUGCCUCCACAAUCACGACCGCCACUAACGAAGCUUACCGCUCUGCAGCGGAGGCUCAGCCUGAAUCUGUGGGAGCUGAGAAUUAGCUGCUAGGGGCUUCUCACGCUCAUCCUUCGCCUUGUGGACUCGUUUUGCAACAAGAGUAAAGCGCUGAACAAAGGCACAUUCAUGAUGCGAAUAAGACAUGUGUUGCCCAGCCAGCCGGUCUUAAGUGAAACCAGGCCCGUGCUCCCGACAGACACCGAGGGACCUUUCCCUGCCCAGGAGGGGGGACGUGUUGAGGGGUGAACAUUUAAUGCUUGGGAUACAUCCUGGACACAUUAGAUGGGCUGUUGUGACACACACACACGGCGCUCCCACCUACCCUGAGAAGCGGAGCGGGAACGCUUUCUGACUCAGCACACGCCGGCCCUGAUGAUUUCACGUUCGGACCAAAUAGUACAAUGUCUUACUCACCACAGUGACAAGCAACGGUGUGGAGGCACACGCUGGAAAAGAAAACUUGCACUCGUAUUUCGUCUCACCUCUGUUGCUGUUGACUUUGUUGUGUAUCAUGUGUAAGUGGAAACACGUUGUAUGGAAAUCAC